GACUGCAUUAAAAGGAUGCAAAUCAGUGUUUGCGUAACAGUUAACGUGCAGCUGAUGCAAUUCUUGCUGCUGAUGCCCAGUAACAUCUGACACCUCAGCAUUCAAGAUCUUCUAGAGGAAGAAGGAAGAGCUGCACUUGACUGCCAGUGAGAAACGCUCCACAUUCAUUAGUGUAGGUGUCCUGAAGAGAAAACGGCUAGGAUGUUUAAAAGACUGUUUGCCAGCAAAAACUUCAAGAAAAAGCUUGGGGACUUGAUCAAAGUAGCAACGGGUGGCACGCUGGUGUUUGCUGGCAUCAACAUCUAUUACCAGAAUGAGAAGUUUUACAACUCCUGGGUAAUGCCACUGCUCCUCUCCCUUGAUGCAGAGACAGCACACACCCUAGCAGUGAAGGCAGCUCAGUACCGCUUGGUGCCAGAGGCCAAGCUGAGAGAAUCCCACCUUCUGAGGAGUAAACUGCUCAACCUGAACUUCAGGACCCCCAUUGGACUUGCUGCUGGGUUUGACAAGCAUGGAGAGGCUGUGGAGGGGCUGUGGAAGAUGGGAUUUGGCUUUGUGGAGGUGGGCUCUGUGACACCAGAGGCUCAGCCCGGCAACCCACAGCCCAGGGUGUUCCGCCUCACCUCAGACUCUGCUGUCAUCAACAGGUAUGGCUUUAACAGUGAGGGUCACGAAGCAGUGUUUGCACGUCUGAGCCAGCUGCCCCCACCAGGUCACAGGGGGGGAGCCAUCCUGGGAAUCAACUUGGGCAAAAAUAAAACCUCAGAAGACCAUGUGAAGGACUACACACUUGGGGUGCAGAAGUUUGGUCCCUUGGCAGAUUAUCUAGUGGUAAAUGUAUCCAGUCCCAACACUCCUGGACUAAGGAAUUUACAAAGCCAGGAACACUUAGAGAAGCUAAUAGAAGCAGUCAUCUCAGCACGUGACAGCCUGCCAGCCACACACAGACCUCCACUUUUCCUCAAGAUAGCACCAGACCUGACUGAUGCAGACAUGCAAGACAUUGCUACUGUUGUUUUACAGAAAAAGGUUGAUGGACUAAUAGUGACUAACACCACUGUGACACGUCCCUCCUCCCUCACCAGUCCAGAACAGAGAGAGGUUGGGGGACUGAGCGGUCAGCCCCUGAAGGACCUUUCAACACGCAUGGUUAAGGAAAUGUACUGCCUCACAAAAGGCCAGGUGCCCAUCAUAGGGGUGGGUGGGGUGGCCUGUGGCAGUGAUGCUUAUGAAAAGAUCCGAGCAGGAGCCAGCCUGGUGCAACUGUACACCGGGCUUGUCUACCAUGGCCCAAUGCUGGUGGCCAGGAUAACUGAGGAACUGGAGCUUCUCUUAAGACAAGAUGGCUUCAAUUCAGUAGCAGAAGCAGUUGGUGCUGAUGCUCACACCCAAUAAGAAAUCAUGGUCAGCCCAGUGCAGCUGUGUUUGCAAUGAGGUUUGUAACUUCUCUUGAUAUAAACAUUACUUAAUGACAUCAUCAAAUAUUCAGUUUUCUCUGCUACACAAGAUUUGUUAAGUAAAUCUUUUCUCUUCAUGGAAAGUUUCAAGAGAACUGAUAAAAUGUAAGUGUCAUUCUUUUAUUCUUGAUUGGCAGUUAUUUUCCCCAGCCUGUUAGAACCAGAUAUGGUUGUGAUAGGUGCUUAUAACAUCAAAUAGUGUCAACAAGAAAAAUAUGUUAGGUGCAGGAAACCCUUGUUAUAUGCAUAUUUUUCUUGAAUUCUGAACAGUUUUAAGAUUUCCUGGAAGAUGGGAUGAAAUUUUUUUGUUUCUUUCUUGGCAUAUUGCCUCCCAUCACAAGCGUAGUGGACAGAGGUUGCCGGAUGAUACUAGUCAUGAGUCUCAGUACAAGCAUCUUAUUUCACCAAGUUACUUAAUGACAUUCCAUUGACAGUAAUGUGAAUGCUGGAAUGCAUAUGCACUUAACUACCAACUACUUAAUGUUGUGUGUUUGGAAAGUAGAAUAAAUAAAGCAACAUGAAAAUUAAUACUAUGGUACAUUCAGGGAUGGAAUGUUGAGAAGCUACUCAUAUCCACAUUUUGUAUUGAAGUUAGGAUCAUACAGUUCCAUGCAAUAACAUUUUUGGCAACAGUUGGAAACACUCUUGGUCUCCACCUAACAAGAUGGCCAUGAGCAACUGAGUGGCUUUCACUCUAUAUCUCAAUUAUAGGUAAAUCACAUCCAAAUGCUUAUGCUUUCAGAUUUACAAAGCUGUAUUGCAAUUUUGCUUGGGUGCCUCUCCACAAACUAGAGAAAUUAUCAUCUUUAUAUAAUAGAAUAAUGUAAUGUACUUUAAACAUUGAUGUGACAGAUACAUACAGCCAAAGUUUCUGGUUCUCUAAAAAAUGUGAAGGUGAAACAAACAUGAGUUGGCAUGUGAAGAGCCAGUGAAACUAGAUGGCCAUUACAAAGACAUCAGUUGAGCAACCAGUUCAUGUCUAUCAGUCUCAAACAGCUACAUUGCAAUAAAUUUGGAGUAGAUUUAUUUUAUGCAGUACAGUGUGGUUCAUGAGGAUUUGUCCUCUCCCCUUAAAGACCAAGAAGCUAAGAUGUAAGGUGUGACUGUGUGUGUGUGUGUGUGUGUGUGUGUGUGUGUAUUUACCUAGUUGUGGUUUAUGGGAGGGGAGUAAUCUCAUGCUAUCCCAUCUCUGUAUCUAUCCAGUUUGGUCUUAAAAGCACGGACAGUUACGUCAUUGACAACGUCUUCACUGAGUUCGUUCCAUUUGUUCACACUUCUGUGAGGAAAACUUUUUGAUGUCUCUUCUACAGUAAACUUUCUUCAACUUCUUACUGUGUCCCCUUGUACUCUGUGUCUAAAGUUAUAAAACAUUCUUUGUCCACAUUUUCCAUACCAUUUAUUAUUCUAUAAAUGUUUAUUAAAUCCCUUCUCUCUCUCCCCUAUUUUCAAGGGUAGGAAUUUCCAACAUUCUUAAUCUCUUCACAGGUCGACUUACUCAACUCCGGAACCAUCUUAGUGACUGCUCUUUGUACUCUUUCUAAUUUUAUAAUAUUCUUCUUUAUAUGAGGAGACCACACCACUUCCACAUAUUCCAAUCUUGGUCUAAUCAUGGAAAUCAACAACUUUUUUAUCAUUCCUUCAUCUAGAUAUGAGAAUGCCAUUCUUAUUCUUUGUAACAAAUUCAUCAUCUCUCCAGUAAUUUUAUUACUGUGUCUGUCUGGAGUCAAAUUUUCAAUAACUAUUACUCCCAAAUCCAUUUCCUCUUUUGAUUUCUGUAACUUCACACCAUCCAUCUCAUAAUGAUAUUGUAUUCUUUUCUUACUCUUACCAAACUCCAUUACUUUACAUUUACUUAAAUUGAAUUCCAUUUGCCAAGAUUUACUCCAUCUAUUUAUCUUAUUUAAAUCAUCUUGCAAUACCAUACAGUCAUUUAUAUUUUCUACCCUUCUCAUCAGCUUACCAUCAUCUGCAAAUAAGAUCAUAUAACUGUCUAUUUCUUCAUUUAUAUCAUUCACAUAUAUUACAAACAUUAUUGGUUCCAACACUGAUCCCUGUCCCCCCUGUGGGACACCACUAGUUACUUUCAGCCAAGAUGAAUUACUGUUCUCAUCUCUCUAUCAUCCAGAUAAUCCUCCAUUCACUCCAGCAGUCUUCCUCCAAUUUUUCCAUAAUUUUUUAUCUUCCAUAACAAUCUUCGGUGUGGUACUUUGUCCAGCGCUUUCUUCAAGUCUUAGUAGAUAUCAUCCACCCAUCUGUCUCUCUCCUGCACAAUAUUGAUUACCCUUGAAUAAAAGGACAAUAAGUUCAUGGGGCAUGAUCUUCCCCUCCUAAAUCCAAAUUGACAAUUUACCAAAACUUUAUCUCUUUCCAAGUGUUCCAUCCAUCUUUCCUUUUUUGUUCCUUCACAUAGUUUUCCUACAACACUAGUCAAGGACACUGGUCUAUAAUUUAGUGGGUUUUCCUUAUUUCCUCCUUUGAAUAUUGGUGUAAUAUUUGCUCUCUUCCAAUCUUUUGGUACUCUUCCUUGUAAUAGUGAUGUCACCACUAGACUGAAUUUUAUCAGCCAGUUGUUCUUUAAUUUCCUUCAAUAUUCAGUUUGAUACUCCAUCUGGACCAGUUGCUUCAUUUACAUCAAGUUCUUACAUCAUCUUAAGUAUUUCCUUAUAUUCCUUACCAACUUAUCCCUUCCAGCAUCAAACCCCUUCCACAGUAAAUACCGAUCUGGAACUCUUGUUCAUAACCACCAUGUCCUGUGCAUCCUCAGAUUUUUUCUUCAACUUUCAAUCUUGAUACACCUUCCUUCUUCUUCAUCUUCCCAUUAAUAUGUCUAAAGAACAGUUUGGGUUCAUUUAUACACUUAUCUAUUAUAUCUCUUUCAUAGUUUCUUCUCUCCAUUCUUAUUAUCUUAAUGUAUUUCUAGCAUCAGUAUAUUCCUCCCACCUGCUCUCAGUUUUCCUCUUCUUCCAUCUAUUCCAAGCAUUUAGCUUACAAUUUCCAGCCUCUUUGCAUUUUGUAUUGAACCAUUCUUUACCCUUUCUACAUCUUACUUCUCCUCUAGGUACAAAUUUUUCCACAGCAGAAUUAUAUAUCCUUAUAAAUUCAUCCCAUUUUUCCCGAACAUCUUCUGCAUCUUCAAAGUCAGCUUUACUAUAUUUAAAUCUUUUCACCAUAUAAUUUUCAUCAAUGAUUACAUUUUCAUUUUUCAGUUUAAAUUCUAUCAACACAUGAUCACUUUUACCUAGAGGGCUAUCAUAGUGUAUAGUUUCAAUAAUUUCCAUGUCCUUGGUAAACAGUAAAUCAAGUCUUGAUGGUUUAUCUCUUCCACUAAAUCUUGUAUCACAGUCUACCUAUUGAGUCAUUAAGUUUUCCACUGCCCAGUUUAACAGUUUAUUACUCCAUGAGUUUUCACCUCCAGUAGUUGUCAGUGUUUCCCAAUUUAUCUCCUUACAAUUAAAAUCACCAACAAUAACUGUAUCACUACGUUCCAUCAUUAUCUUUUCAAGAACUUUUAACACAUCUACCAACAUCUCUUCAUGUUCUUUUUGCCAAGCAUUGGUCAUAGGUGGCACAUACACUCCUACAUAAUUCAUUAUCCUUCCAUUUCCACUUUUAAUCAUCACUUGUAGAAUUUCAGACUUGUCUGUUGUGUGUGUGUGUGUGUGUGUGUGUGUGUGUGUGUGUGUGUGUGUGUGUGUGUGUGUGUGUGUGUGUGUGUGUGUGUGUGUGUUUGUUCUUAUGGACACCUUGUCCUGGCUGCCCUGCUUUACAAGGAAUACCAACCUGGUAUUCAGAGAGAGAUAGGAAAUGUUUAAAAUUGUUUGUUUUUUCACCUACACAGCAGACUUUAUAUGCUUUGAAAUUACAUAUAGGACACAUUAUGAAAAUGAAAGUCAGCAAUGUAAACAUCUCAUUUUUGAAAAAAAAUUCAUAUGUAUUGCCAGCCUCUCACCAAGUUGUUUCCUUUAAAGAGGGGUAGUCAAGACAAUGAGAAAAAAACUUGUCUCAUUGUAGAAAUAUGAACACAGAGGAGGGAAUCUGAGACCCUUUGCUUUGUCCCAUGUUAUGACAUAUCAUAAAUAGUGUGACAGAAUUCAUUUAAUUUUUUAACAUACACUGAACUUAUUUUCCUAUUCCAUAUGGGAAAAACUAAUGUGAUAUGACUAAAUGCUCAAAAUAAGCAUUUGCUGGUGUCUCUUGCCAAGAAGACCACACCAGAGAUGAUGGCCAUAUUUCCUGUUGUUACUGUUUGUAUUUCUUUUAAUAGUUUUGUAUAUAUGUAAUGUUAAUAAUAAACAUUAUUACACA